CCUCUUGAAGAGCCAGCCCUCCGGAUCUGUACGGCAAACCAGCAGGAAGAGAACGCCGUUUUUGCAGCGGCCGCCUCGUCGGGAGCCGGUCAGGAAAGCAUAGUUCUAUGCAACAAUGGGCAGAGAGCCAUCUCUCCUGACCCUGAAAAGCGAUGA